UGCUUUUACUUUGGCCUUUAGCGUUUAGCUCUCUCCAAGUACAAGAAGGUUUCCUUUCACUCUGCAAAUCAGCAGAUCCAACCAAAAGCUCCAUCUUUUCUUUCUAUCUAACUAAUAGAACUCUGGUUGGAAAUGCUGAAGCUUCAAAAUUCUCCAUUCCUUCUAUCCCUUUUGUGUUUCUUCUUCUUUUUUAUCGGUGACGCUUCAGUUCAUGAGUACAAUGGAGAGAAAUUCGUCAGUAAAGGCAACGCAUUCGUCGUCCACGGCGGCAGCGAAGGCAUUUAUUCUUCUUUUCCUGACCCCCACAAUGUAACUGCCGUCGGUGGUGACUCUUACAUCCGUUUUGAGAAGAUUACAUUCCGUAGACCCAAAGAAUUUGCUAACUUUAGUUCCCGGUCGAUCCAAGCAAUUGUUUUUGAGGUGGAAGAUAGAGAGACAAUUGGAGGUUCAGCUUAUGGCGGUCAAAGAGCUGUUUGUUGCACGGUGGAUCUUGCAAAACUGGGUGUUUGUUUGGAAGGAGAAGUUAUUCGCCGCCCUUCCGCAGAGAAUCCUAGCUGGCCCACAGUGUUUGGCAUUUCAUUUAAUGGAGAUGAGGAGGUUGCAACAUUGCCAUCAAAGUCUGUUCAAAUUACUAAAACUGGGAUGUAUAAUUUGUACUUCAUUCACUGUGAUUUAAAUCUUAGAGAUUUGACUGUGGAGGGGAAAACUGUAUGGAAAAAUCCUACUGGCUAUCUACCUGGUAGAAUGGCACCACUGAUGAAUUUCUAUGGGUUCAUGUCCCUUGCUUUUGUGAUCCUUGGAAUCUUUUGGUUCUCACAAUAUGCUAGAUUUUGGAGGGAGGUUCUUCCUUUGCAAAACUGUAUAACAUUAGUGAUAACACUUGGCAUGCUUGAGAUGGCUCUUUGGUAUUUUGAUUAUGCUGAAUUCAAUGAGAGUGGAAUCAGGCCUGUUGGGAUCACCAUAUGGGCAGUCACCUUUGGUACUAUUAAGCGUACAAUUGCACGGAUUAUUAUUUUGAUGGUUUCCAUGGGUUAUGGUGUUGUGAGACCUACUCUUGGUGGGCUUACAUCAAAGGUAAUCAUGCUUGGAGCAACCUUCUUUCUGGCAUCUGAAGUUCUUGAAUUGGUAGAAAAUGUUGGUGCAGUGAGUGAUCUUUCUGGAAAGGCCAGACUGUUUUUGGUUCUUCCUGUGGCCAUCUUAGAUGCCUUCUUCAUUCUUUGGAUCUUUACUUCUCUGUCUGCAAAUUUAAAUAAACUUCAGUCUAGAAGGAUGGUGGUAAAGCUGGAUAUAUACAGGAAGUUCACAAAUGCAUUGGCAGUAGCUGUUAUUGUGUCCGUGGGCUGGAUAUGCUACGAGCUUUAUUUCAAGUCAAAUGAUGUCUACAAUGAGCAGUGGCAGAAUGCCUGGAUCAUCCCAGCCUUCUGGCAAGUCUUAUCUUUCUCUCUGCUAUGUGUCAUCUGUGUUCUUUGGGCACCCUCUCAGAAUUCAAUGCGGUAUGCUUACUCUGAUGAAGCAAAUGAAGAUUUUGACAAAGAUAAUACUACUUUGACACUCAUAAAACCCUCUCCAACACCUUCAAAAGAUUUUAGAAGUGCACCAGAGGCUAGACCAGUGCAGGGCGGUAAUGGGGCAUCAAAUGGUGAUUUGGAAGAAGACAAGACAGAGUGACUUAAAAACCCCAGCUGUGAAUCUGGGAUGCUUAGAACUGGGUUCAACAUUCUGAUUCACUUAAUUGGAGGCCUUGUCAUUGUUGUAACGAUGAUUCAACUUUUCUUGGGACCGUAAUGAUAUGAAGGUGGCAAUCAUGACAACCAAAAGUCAGCCGUUGAGCUUUUUCGUUCCCCUCCCCUUUUCUCUCUUUUGUUUUUUUUUUUUUUUGCUUUACCCCAAAGGUCAUAUUGUUUCUUUGUAUUUGUUUAGUUAGUCAUUAAAUUGUUCAUCAGUUAGUUGUUACCAAGGGAACAGGCAAUCCGUGCAACGUCCUCUUUGAGAUUAAUAUAGUUUGACAUGUUAUUUAA